AUGGAUGAUUUGUGGAAUCAAGCAUGGGAUUCUUUGAUUCAAGAGGUGCAGAGGGAGGCCGACGAGGAUGCGGCGGCGGCGGCGGCGAUCCCUCGUGCGAUUCGUCAUCGUCGGACAAUCCCACGAGACCAUGUCGGAGCGGCUGAUCGGCUUAUGGCCGACUACUUCAGCGCUGACCCUCGUUACCCGGCUGAGAUUUUUCGUCGGCGUUUCAGAAUGUCGCGUCCGCUCUUUACCCAUAUAGCGACGACAUUGGCGGACCGGUUCGAGUGCUUCACGCUCCGGAGUGAUUGCACUGGCCGGAUCGGACUGUCUACUUUGCAGAAAUGCACCUCUGCAAUUAGGCAGCUUGCCUAUGCCGGCCCGGUUGAUAUGUUCGACGAAUACCUACAGAUGGGUGAGGCGACUAGUCUAAAUGUGCUCCGACAGUUUUGUAAGGGCAUUCGGGAAGUCUUUGGUCCGGAGUUCCUACGAAAGCCAACCCCUGAUGAGUGCCAGAGACUGCUAGAUAUGCACGGUGCGGUGCACAGUUUCCCAGGGAUGAUGGGCGUGCAUUGA